GUUUGGAGUGACACCCAAAAUCUUCCUCAACCAACAGACCAACAGUCAAGAUGAGAUUUAUAGUGCCAGUGUUUGUUUUCCUCGCCGUGGCAGCAUUUCACACCGCUUUCUCAGCCUCUCUGGAAUCUGCAGAGAAAGAGGAAAAAGUUGCUCAAUACGAUGGGCUAACUGAACUGCAGAAAAUAGAUCAGAUGGAGUUCGAGGCCGCUCAAAAGAAUGAGGCCGCUCAGAUGAAUGUUACAGAGGAACAGAAUGAGGAGACCCACUACCUUGAGGCUGUUAAGGAUGAAUCUGAGGAGGAGCACAUCGAAGCCGAGGGUGACAAGACAGCAGAGGGAGGCGGCAACUCUGACACUGCAGCUCAUGAGGAAUCCGAGUCUGAGUCCUCUGAGGAAGCAGAUGGGAGGCAGAGGCGGGAGCACCAUGAAGCAGUUACAGAGACUGUGAGCAGUUUGGAUGAAGUCAGUCAGGAUUCAACCAAGGAACAAGAUGUACUGGAGUGAGAAAGCGCAGAAACAUGCGGAUCCCAGCGCUCACUCAUCACCCGGUGCCUGAGCUGCGCUGAAUUUACUGUCAAUAAAAAGGGAACUAUCCCACCUAUCUGUAUAA